GACAAUCGUAUUUAUGUAACAAAUAUUGAUUCAACAGUUGAUGAUAUUGAUAUUAUUACAUAUUUCUCAAAAUUUGGAGAAAUAGAAAAAAAGGAUUUGGAAUUAAAAUGUUCAAUUCGUCUUGAACUUAUUCAUAAAAAGAAAAAUGCUUUUAUUACUUAUAUUAAUGAAGAAGAUGCUAUAAGUGCAUUAAGUAGUCCAACAAAAAAUGUAUUAGGAAAAGGAGAUAUUCAUAUUGAAUUAUGGAAAUCAAAAAAAGAACAGAAACAAGAAAUAAAACAAAAUAUAGAAUCUAUAUAUAAGGAUUAUAAUUUAAAAAUUAAAUUACCGAAAAGUAAAAUAAUCAAUGAAAAAAGUAUAUUUAAUUGUUUCAAAAAUUGUGGUCAGAUUUAUAGUAUCUAUAUCCAAAAGCAAAAACAAUUUUCAACUAUAACUGUGUUCAUU